UCUAACCCAUGGGUGACUACACCUCCAGUGCCACCAUUGACUGCAAAUGGAGAUAUAGUUGACUACCUGAGCGAAUCGGUAGACUACAAGUCGGACGCGAAGAAAUUGCGCGAACAGUUAGACUCAGAGGCCAUGGAUCUGGAGGAGGACCUGGAGUUGAAACCGGAUCCGCUCGUCGGCAUCGACAGCGCAGAGCUGGUGAUCGACGCGACUCUUGAGAUGCCGUACGACGUGCUGCUGACCAAAGUGGACAUCGAGUACGGGGUCUACGGUUUGUACAACUUCUACAAAAUGCAAAUCAUUGAACACAAAGCCAAAGAUUUGGUGCUUUUGUUCACCCGUUGGGGUCGUGUCGGCGAUACGGGUCAGUACCAGAAGACCCCCUUCGCCACAGCGGAGGCGGCGGUCGCGGAGUUCAAGAAGAUAUUCAAAGCCAAAAGC